AUGAAUAAAUUUAUAUUUUUGAAAAGGAAAAAUAAAAUCGGAGAUGAUGGAGCAUAAAAUAUUGGACUAGGCUUGAGUAACUGCACUUAACUUACAAAUUUAGAAUUCGGCAUAUAUAACAAUUAAAUUGGGGAUGAUGGAGCUUCUAGUAUAGGUAGAGCACUUGGUAACUGUAAAUUCCUAACUAAUCUCGACUUUUAGAUUUGGUAAAAUAAAAUUGGUGAUGAUGGAGCAUAAAAUAUUGGACUAGGCUUGAGUAACUGCACUUAACUUACAAAUUUAUAAUUCAUCAUAUCUAACAAUUAAAUUGGGGAUGAUGGAGCUUCUAGUAUAGGUAGAGCACUUGGUAACUGUAAAUUCCUAACUAAUCUCGACUUUUAGAUUUG